AUGAAGACCAAGUUAGAUCCCAGACACAAUGGCACUGAGGCAACCGAGUUUAUUCUUCUGGGACUGACCAGCUGGCCCGAGCUGCAGCCCAUCCUUUUUGUGGUGUUUCUCCUGAUUUACCUCAUCACCCUAACCGGGAACUUUGGGAUGAUUUCAGUAAUCAGAUUGACUCCCCGGCUGCAAACUCCGAUGUAUUUCUUCCUCACCCAUUUAGCAUGUGUGGAUAUUUUUUACUCCACUAAUAUCUCUCCCCAGAUGCUCGUUAAUUUCUUAUCUGAGAAGAAGACCAUUUCCUACACUGGGUGUCUGGCCCAGUGUUUUGUUUUUGUGACUCUGCUCCUUACGGAGUAUUACAUGCUUGGAGCCAUGGCCUACGACCGCUACAUGGCAAUCUGCAAGCCCCUACAUUACAGCAGCAAAAUGUCCAGGCCAGUUUGCAUCUGCCUGGUGACUUUCCCCUACCUCUGGGGGUCCAUGGUGGGCACAAUGCAAGUAAUACUGACCUCUCGCUUGUCCUUUUGUGGCCCCAACACCAUCAAUCAUUUCUACUGUGCUGACCCACCCCUCUUAAUGUUGACAUGUUCUGACACUUACAUAAAGCAGACAGCCCUGUUUGUGUCCGCAGGGAUUAACCUCACAGGUUCCCUGCUCAUCAUCCUCGUCUCCUACAUUUUCAUUUUCAUCACCAUUAUGAGGAUCCGUUCCAGCGAAGGGCAGCGCAAAGCCUUCUCCACUUGUGGCUCCCACCUGACAGCUGUCACAAUGUUCUAUGGGUCCCUAUUCUGCAUGUAUCUGAGACCAGCAAAUGAGAGAUCUGUAGAGCAAGGAAAAAUUGUGGCAGUGUUUUGCAUUUUUGUGAGUCCCAUGCUGAAUCCAUUUAUAUAUAGCCUGAGAAACAAAGAUGUGAAACAGGCUUUGAAAAGAGUGUUUAUGAGAAAUCUUGGUAAAAUGGAGCAAAGUUCAAUAUCUACAGUCUCCCAAUAA